UGAGCGAGAGAGCGACAGCGCUGUGCUGGCUGAGGUCUCCGAGAGGCUCGCCAUGGCUGGCCCGCAGCAGCAGCCCCCUUACCUGCACCUGGCAGAGCUGACGGCGUCCCAGUUCCUGGAAAUCUGGAAGCACUUUGACGCAGACGGCAAUGGGUACAUAGAAGGUAAAGAGCUGGAAAACUUUUUCCAAGAAUUGGAGAAGGCAAGAAAAGGCUCUGGCAUGGUGUCAAAGAGUGACAACCUUGGGGAGAAGAUGAAAGAGUUCAUGCAGAAGUAUGACAAGAACUCAGAUGGGAAGAUCGAGAUGGCAGAGCUGGCGCAGAUCCUGCCAACAGAGGAGAACUUCCUCCUGUGCUUCCGGCAGCAUGUGGGCUCCAGCGCAGAGUUCAUGGAGGCUUGGAGGAAGUAUGACACAGACCGAAGUGGCUACAUUGAAGCCAAUGAGCUCAAGGGAUUCCUGUCUGAUCUGCUGAAGAAGGCCAACCGGCCAUAUGAUGAGCCUAAACUCCAGGAAUAUACCCAAACCAUACUGCGCAUGUUUGACUUAAACGGGGAUGGCAAAUUGGGCCUCUCAGAGAUGUCUCGACUCUUGCCGGUACAGGAAAACUUCCUGCUUAAAUUUCAGGGCAUGAAGUUGACCUCAGAGGAGUUCAAUGCCAUCUUUACAUUUUAUGACAAGGAUGGAAGUGGCUACAUUGAUGAGAAUGAACUGGAUGCGCUUUUGAAGGAUCUCUAUGAGAAGAACAAGAAGGAAAUGAAUAUCCAGCAGCUCACCAACUACAGAAAGAGUGUCAUGUCCUUGGCUGAGGCAGGCAAGCUCUACCGGAAGGACCUGGAGAUCGUGCUGUGCAGCGAGCCGCUCAUGUAAAUGGAGGGACAAGGGCUCCUCCACCUCUCCCAAACCCUUCCCUUGCAGCCCUGAUACCUCUCCCCAGACCCAGAGAUCAUGGGUGCCCCUCCCACCACCCCUGCAACUUGCUCACCAGCCU